UUGUAGAUCCAAUCGUACAUCUACUAUAUAUUUUUAAAACCCCAUCCCUUUGACAGUUGAUCUAUAAAUCAAACACACUCUCUUAAUCCCAUUUUAAUACCCAUCAAUAUCCAGGAUGAAUGUUCUAACUACUGGAAUAAUUUUAUUCUCAUUUUACACAUGCCUUUGUAUGGAUGGUGCUGCAGGAGGAUCUGACGGCAAAGACCCUGGAGAUAAUCCACCCCCAGAUUCUGACGAAUGGGCACAUUUGCCAGGUGAAGAGCCAAGGGAACUUUACACAAGCGAUGAUUGUGGCUGUGGCCCUCAUGAUAAAACUCCUGAAGGAGACAUAUUAGUAUCAGUAGAUCCAAAAAAUGGGCUAAACAAUAACCAUACUAAUUGUUCUGAAUUUAAAGGCAAAGAUGGUAAAAAACACCGUUCGUUUCAACCUCAUCUUUAUUGUUUUUAUUGUGCCGUAUAUUAUAACGGUGAACAAGUUUGGACGAUGACAGACGGUGAUCCUGGAGCAGUGGUUGAAUUGUAUCCCAUAAAGAGAUCAGCAAAAACUAUGGAAAUAAAACUAAGAAGUGGUGGUAAAGUUAUUUUUCAAAAGUCAGGAAAGAAUAAACCAUGGAUAAGACAAAAUCCUGAUGAGGACAAGGAAACAGAUUAACUGACUAAAUCCAAAAUUCCUAUAAAUGUAGUUUAACUGGGUA